GCUGGAUGUUGGCGGCGUGGUGCUGGGUUCGAAUCUUCCCACCGUCUCUUAUUUUGUCAUUUUCUCCCAAUUCAUGAGCCGAAUAUUAGAACAGAUAUUAUUCGCGCUCUGUCACUGAAAAGCUGAACAGUCAGUUGUGGUGCAAUGGUCAGAGUUUCAAAUCCCUACCCCCAAGUCUUGAGUUCGAACCCUUGCUCCUUUUUUUUUUAUUCUUUAUUUGUUUCCUUCUUUUCUUCAAUUCUCUUCAAUUUAUUUUGGUCCCAAACUUCCAUGUUUAUUUUCCGUUCUUGAAAUUGUUCUCAAUGCGUCCAAAUGGCCUCAAAAUACCUACAAAACAUAUAAAACCAAGCAUAGGACCGCUCUACACAAAUAAAACGGAAAAUUGAAAUAAAAUAUAAACAUUAAAUUCAAUUGAGACUCAAAACUCCUUCAAAAUAUGAUUAAAAAGUGUAUAAAAUAUGUGCAUAUCAAACGCCAAACCAUGUUUUUAGCUACCCAAGCCAGACAGCGCUUUUGGUUACCUCAACAUCGUUGUUGGGCUGGUUUAGUCACGCCGUUAGCCGAUGUCAAAAAUGUGGCAUGCUCAUGUUGGCUACGAUGACUUCUGACCUUUAGAAACAUCACGAGAGUAUGAAGGCGUACGAUAUGAUCAUACACCUAAGACAGCUCUACCAAGCACAAGCUAGGCAUGAGAGAUUCCAAAUCUCCAAAGCUCUCUUUAGUUGCAAGUUGUCAGUUGGAAACCCCAUUGGUCUGCAUGUUCUCAAGAUGAUUCGCCACAUCCAAACUCUUGAGAAAUUGGGUUUCGAACUAAGGACUGAACUUGCAACUGAUCUGAUUCUGCAAUCGUUGCCAGAGUUGUACAAGCAGUUUGUGGUUAAUUACGAGAUGCAUGAACUCGAUAAACCACUGCCAGAACUUUUGAAGAUGCUGCAAACUGCUGAAGAGAGCUUGACGAAAGGAAAGGGGAAUUCUGUCCUUCUAGUUCAAGGAGGAAAAGGCAAGAAGAAGUUCAAAAAGGCAAAGAAGAAUGGGCCUAAAGGCAAGGGUAACACCGAGCCAAAGUCCAAUUCUUCCAAGCUCAAGCCUAAAGGUGGAUUGGCUAAAGCUUCCAUUUGUCAUCACUGUGGUGAAGUUGGCCACUGGAAAAGGAAUUGCAAGCAGUAUUUGGCAACCAACAAAAGGGGUGAAGCUUUUGCUUCAGGUACAAUUGUUGUAAAGACUUAAACUAAUCUACAAUCUCUUCAAAAGUAUUCGAUACUUAUAUUAUUGCAAACCGUUGCAGGAACUGAAGAGAAGUAGUAGGAAUGUUGAUCUUGAAAAUGCAAGGGUUGCAGCUUAGUGGCGCAUUAGUUUAAGUUUUAGUAUUUGAUCAGUUUUUCAAUUUUGAAUUGAUGUUUACUUAUUUUUUUAAGUACUAUUGGUUAUUUCAAUAAAGGACAAAUUGUUUC